AUGAGUUCUUCCGAAACAUUAUUAAAUGAAGCUUUGGCCUAUUCGCAACAAGGUCUAAUUUAUCUUGAUGAGGGAAACCAGGUAAGAUCCCUUUGGGGAUUAUAUUUUUUCAUUAGGAUGGAGCCAAGGCCAUGCUCUCAAUGGCUGAAAAAAUACUCUCGAUGAUUGAUGACACAAGCAAAGAAAAUGAACGAUAUGAUACCACAUUGAAUGUUGUAAAUGCACUAAAAGAAAAGAUAGGCUCUGACGUCUCCCUCAAACAUAAUGUGUCAUGCGACUUCACAGAAACGCUAGAUGCCGAGCUUCUCUUUUGGCUACCUGAUGGCGUUCAAUUGGUGACAAUUAAAGUAUGCCAUUAACAUAAGUUAUAGCGUUUUUUAAGGGCGAAGAGACGGCCGCAGCUCCCUCUCCCCCAACCUCGUUAGCCAUCUUCAGAGUAGAGUCUCCGCAGAAACAAAGCAAGAUGUACCCAGAUCUUAAUGAUUCAGUUCCACAAGCCAUAAUCCAAAUUGGUCCUUGGGCAUACCCCCUUAUUCCGGAUCAAAGCAUCAUCAUGAAGAAUGAACUUGGAGUUUAUGUUGUCCCAAACCCUACCGAUGAACUUCCUGGUACGUUUCUACAGGGCGUCUCAAGAAUUGUGCUCUUUUUCAUGUUCUGCAGUUUGACCUGCAUUUUUAACUACCCCUUUCAUUCGAAGGCAUACGCCGAGGACUCCGCCGAACCAAUAAAAAAGUUACUUUUUCACACAAAACCGCCAAACUACAAAAACAAUGCCUGAAAAAAUCUUGGGUUUAACUGUAAAACAAAAAAAUUUACUCGCCGAUGAAAACGGGCAAAAUUCUUGAGACACGGUGUAGAAUUUUCGUCAAUAAAAAUUUAAGUCAUCCGCUUACAGAUAUGUGUGUUGGAAUUAUUUUGCCACGGGAUUUGAAGGAGAGUUUGGAAAGGGAUCUCGUCAAAGUGUUACAAGUGUAUGCUACUGUCAGAGAAAGCGACGUUGUAAGCCAAAUGACGCAGGAAAAGAGGGAGCGGACUAGUGAAAAGAUAGCGGCAUUCCUUCAGCAAAGUGGAGAGAAAUUCGCCCUCAAGGUUCAGAAAGUUUCGAUCUCAGCGGGAACAUUAAUAAACGAUCAAGGGGAGAAGAUGAGAGCAGGGAUGACUCCAACGGAACGCCCCGUCAACAUGAACCCAGUCAUAAAAUACGGCGUCUUGGUCGGUUAUAAGGGAAGCAAAGCCUUUGCCAAAUUGACAAGAGCGAUAUGUGAGUGGUUAACAAAACUAAAAGGUUCCUUUACAGUGGACAAAGUCGGAGAAGUUGGAGUCAAUAUCGGCCGAAAAGUCGCCAGUGGAAUGAAAGGUCACAAUGAAAAGGGAGCUGGUCGAGUGUUGAGCGGCUCAGCAAAUAUUAUCGGCGGAGGAAUAGCUGGUGUCAGUGUGGCUUGGAUUGCCCUUGAAGAGGCAUCCAAACAAUUGUUCAAGAACUUCUCGGAUGAGACCGUUCAAGUCGUUAAAGUUAAGUAUGGAGAUCAGGCAUCCACUACAUCACACCAAGCGCUGCAUGCGGUCGGGCACACUACCUUGAGUGCUUUUCAAUUAUGGGAUUUGGGGCCAAGAUCAGUGGCCGGACGAAUGGUCAGACAUGCUGGAAUCCAGGUAGUCAGAGAUCUCGGUUCCGAAACUGACGCUAACAAAAACUCUGCCAUACUAAAAAUAGGCACCUCCAAAAAAAAUUGA